AUGGACGGCGUAGCUGUUGAACAUUACUCUCGGACGCCGCCUAUCCCGUCAACAGAGACCAACAUGGCGACUCUUGCACCUCUACAGUCUCGGGAGCCGUCAGAAAAGAGAGAGCUGCCUCACCACCCGAUGCUGAGCACGGCGGCCCUGUUGAACCCCAUCAUCGAGAAGACGCCGCCGCCGAUGGUCCAAGAGAUCAAGCCGCUGCACCCGCAUACGCUGCCUCAGAUCCAGUCUCUACCCCAACCUCAGUCCCAGUCUCAGCAUCGGCCGCAGUCGUAUCAAUCUUAUUCAAACUCGCACUCGCUGUCACGCUCGCCAGUGGACAAGGGACCUUCAGCAUCGACGACGCCUCCGCGAGAGUCCACCAACGGACCCAUCAUCAGCGAGAUGCCAAAGUGA